AUGAUGCGGCGGGCAGUGCGUUCCCUCGGCCACAUUCGGGAUGCGGCGGCUGCGGUGGGCGCCAUUGGGGCAGGAGCGCCUCAUCACCGAUAUUCCCAUCAGCAGCGUCAGAUUACCACGCGGGGUCAAUUUAAUCCGGUGCAUGACUUCGCGUACGCCAUGGAGCGUGGCGUCCGCGCGAGGGACGAGAAGGCGUUUGAGAAGCUCAUCACUAAUCCCGGUCCUCUGCGCAUCGCCUACUCACCCGACUACUUGGACUGGCUCUAUCGCUGCUACAAGGCGAAGGGCAAGUACCUGGAUGCACGCGCGGCAGCAGAGAAAAAGUUUAACGGUAACCUUAUUAGCGGUGAGGCGGUGACAACCUCCUCCGGUGAGCUGACCGGCCGCCUGCCGGGUGCCCCGCCACCGGGCAUGUUUCUUCGUCCUCCACAUUCGUUCCGUCGCCUCUCGGGCGAGAUGAAGCGGAAGCAUGCGCAGGAAACCCUGGAUGAGGUUGCAAAGGCACAAGGUAUGCUUGACCUCUUUGAACGUCAGCCACAGUUCCCAGCCAUCCACAUCGAUAGAUGCACACGCUUUCACCUUGUUGAGUUGUUUAAAGAGAUGGUGCUUGAACGCUCCCUCGACGCCACCGCAAUUUGGGAUAAGGCCUUACUCUAUCGUGCCAUCUUGUCGGAGCGGAAGCCGUCCUACCCACCCUCGUUCCGUUACAUCUUCAAGGCCGUUGAGGAGACCGUGUUUGCACCCAGCUCGGUGAACUGCCCAGCGCUAGAGGCGUACUACUACUUUCUCUACCUAGUAAAGAAGUACUACAUUGACAACGCUGUGGAGGCACACGUGGUGCUGCGCUGUCAUCGGGAGCCGAAUGUGACGGAUUUACUCUUCUCAAAUCCCCCGCCGAAGGACGACGCGGAUGUGCGACAGGCAAUUGAGACCUUGCGGUCGGCGGAAGCCACUUCUCAUGCCGCCGCAUCCGCCGUAGGCGAGAAUGUGAACGGCGAUAGUCAAACUCCUAAAACCGCCACGCGCGGAGGUGAUCGUCGCGGCGACGCCGAGCAGAAGGACUCCUCUGGCGCCAAGGAGAAGAACGCUCGCCGAUUCGUAACGCCUAGUUCGUAUCCACCCAUUGAGGCUUUGUGGCGUUGUGAGGAGAACUUGGCGCUGCUCAAGAUCCUUCUCUUUGGUGAGUUCAACCUGAUUGUCUCGGAGAAUCUCUUUGUGAAGUUUCCCAGCGCCCACGCCUUCCUUACACGGCCGUAUUCCACAGAAUCCUCAGGAGGCGCAAUUGACGGUGCCAGCCUUGCCCAUGUUAUUGCAGAGAAGCGUGGCCAUCUGCUUCCUCCCUUUCCGAGAAAUGUGGCAUUCGCCAUCGACGGCCGGGCGCAGGAUUUGCGUCGUCUGCAGCAGAAACACCACCGUGAUGACAUCGUCAGUUUCCAGACCUUGCUGCGCAGCACGCACGUUGACGACCAUCCCUCAACCUUUUCUAGUUACUCCGAUUGGAGUUACUUUAACCCGAGGGCUGUGCGAGCAGAGGAGCGUGACAGGCUCACACGAAAGGGCAUAGAAGCCCUGAAGGAGUAUGAUUCCGCCACUGAGGAAAUUUAUCGUCGCAGCUUUGAGGACGCAGAGGCGAGCAACUGCCGGCGUGUGACGGAGGCAGGGAAUACGUUUCCGCCGUACUUGCCAACACUACCACAUUUUGUUUCCAUCAUAAAAAAAGAUCCUCACAUUUCGUUCUUGUCUCACGUUGGCCUGUCAGAGAAACUUGCUAGUGCAGAAGCCGCCGUGAAGCAUAGGGAGUUUGAGAGACGCAUUUAUCAACUCGCUCGCGCGUUAUACCACACGGCGUUGGAAUUCCACAGGGAGACGGUGCGGCGGGUAAAUCGGCAGAAGGUUAACGUCGCAGCCUCCCUCUUGGAUACUUUUGUUGAACAGGAGUGGGCCGCCAUGCUGCGAGAGAGUGAAUCCCAAGGAGCGUCAACGGAACAGGGCGCACUGCAGGAUGAAAAGGCAAACAUGGCAAGGCGCCUGGGACGCUACAUGCCUUUUGCACGCCGCUCACUUGAUGAGCACGGCUUCCCCACGGGUGCUCGUGCUGACGACUACGCGCGGUGGAUGGAGGCCCCAGCCCGGAUGAAGGGAACGGUUUAG